CGGGCGGGCGGCCCCCCCGGCCCUUCUUUCCCUCGCCCUCGCCCCUUCCUUCCCGCUCGCCCCUGAUCUUUAAUGCAUACAUUCCCCGGCGCGGCGCGGCUCGCCCUAAUCCUCUGGGCUCAGGGGCCCGUGGGGGCCCCGUCCCCCCCAGGCGCGGCGGCUUUAUAAGCGGCCCCGCGGCGCGGCCCCGCACUGCCGCCAUGGCCUCGGGCCUCAAGGAGCGCAGGGUGAGCGCCGGGCCGCCCGCACCGCGCGCCCCGAGGGUACCCACCGCGGCCCGUGACGCGCCGCCUGUUUUGCAGAGGACGCCCGUGUCCCACAAAGUGAUCGAGAAGCGGCGGCGGGACCGCAUCAACCGGUGCCUGGCGGAGCUGGGCCGCACCGUGCCGCUGGCGCUGGCCAAGCAGGGCUCGGGCAAGCUGGAGAAGGCGGAGAUCCUGGAGAUGACGGUGCAGUACCUGCGGGCGCUGCACUCAGCCGACUUCCCCCGCGGCAGGGAGAAGGAGCUGCUCUCCGAGUUCGCCAACUACUUCCACUACGGCUACCACGAGUGCAUGAAGAACCUGGUGCACUACCUGACCACGGUGGAGCGGAUGGAGACCAAGGAUACCAAGUACGCCCGCAUCCUCGCCUUCCUGCAGUCCAAGGCGCGCUUCGCCGCCGAGCCGCUCCUCGCCGCGCAGCCGGAGCCCGACGCCGCCUUCCCGCCGCCCCCUGAGCGCCCGCCGGGCCCCCCUGAGCCCUUCCCGUGGCCGUACGGCCCCCUGCCCGCCCCCGCGGCCCUGGGCGGCCCCGGGCAGCAGCGCACCGCCUUCCUCCCGUCCGCGCAGGGCCUGGAGCGCCGUUACCUCGGCUUGCUGGGCCCGCCGCCCCCCGGCGCCUUCGGGCUGCCGCCCGGCCAACACCCUCCCGCCGUGCUAUAGGGCCGCGGCGCCGCGGACUCCGCCUGGAUGGCGCCGGAAGAAAGCUACGGGCGCGGCCCCGCGUGUCUCGUGGGAAGCUUUCUCGGCUUCCCCCGGCACGGAGCAACGGGGCGCGGCGCCUCGCCCCGCACUGGGCACGCACCGCCCGCGCCGCGGCCCGGUACGGGGCCCGAGGCGGUG